AUGAUAAGCCAUGACAGGAAGAACUUGAUGAGGUCGACCACAGAUCGCCCUUUGAGGUUUGCGCUGUUGGGGCCUCAUAACUCGUCUAAAUCGUCGAUAGUUUCAAUCAUUACAAACAACAAGUCUCUAGGCAAUUACUAUCCUACCAUUCAGAAUUCCCCCACACUACUCCAGUUUCAGCCUGCAAACCCAAAGACGCGGACUCUCCUUGAUAUUAAUGCAACUGAAGCAGACUUUGAGGAAAUGGGGAUCAUAGGAGGCACCGAUAUCAGCCUCACAGAACCUAUUUUAAAUGCCGUUAAAAAAACACAGUCAAGAAACACGUCAACCGAGCACGUUCUCAGCAAGACUCUGAACUACUACGACCUGGACUACACACAACUGGACGAUAAGCUAUCUCCGAUUUCGCCAUACUCAUCGCCGUUAAACUACAGCAGCUUUUCGAGUCCUUUUAGUUCGCCUUUUGAACAGCCUUUCGAGAAGCAAUUUUUUCGGUCGAAUUCCAAUAACCAGAGUGCGUACACCCCACCAUACACUACUCCCAUUCUACUCGAACUGAUAGACACGCCUGGAGUGGAAGCAGAGGAGCUGAUACCUUUUUUGGAACGGUCUUUGGACUCGAGACUGGCCAAGGAUGUUCUGAGGAACCUGGCUGAGGAUAACGAUGGCGGCCUCGGACGUGCCAGAGUGAAGCCGUUGAUAGUUGGGUCUGGAAUAAGUGACUUAAAUGGCUCCAUCGAUGGAUACAUUCUCUGCUAUAGCUGCAUCCCAGAAACCACGCUGGACUCACCACCUCCGUCUUACUGCGUGACCGACGAUCCGCAAGACAAUCAGCCUCUCAAGCCGUUGGAAGUGGUCAAGGCGAUAAAGUCGACUUUGGAGGAGGCAUGGACAGAGUUCUUGAGAUACCACCAUAAUUGGGAGGUUGGCAAAGAGUACGACGUUUUCUCCAUCAACCGUUCUCUCAAAACUUUGUGGAAUAAAUCCAAAAUAGCACAGACGGACCCCAACGCAACUUAUCUUCCCCCAAUAGUGAUGGUCGCGACUCAUUGUGCACAUGAGCUAGCGUCGCCCGUUUUGAUCGAGGAAGGCAGGAAACUAGCCAAACAGUGGAGCUUCCCGUUCAUCGAGAUUGACUGUUCGUUCGAGAACUGGACGAACGUGGAAGAAUGCGUGGGCCUGAUGAUUAGAGAGAGUAUUGAGUCGCAGAGAGCAGCAGGCCAGUCGGGCGCGCUGAAAAAGAGUAAAGUCCCGGCAGCAAUAAAGCCUAAGGUCCAUAUAGCAUAG